AGUGAUGGGGGAGCUACUCCGAGAGCAGCGUCAGGGAUCCGUAGGGAGCGGCCCGGGAGGCGGUCAGGAGCGCUAGGAUGCGAGGGAUGCGGCGCGGGGCUCCUGAGCCGGGUACCGCUAGCCGGUGCGGCGGGAUCCCGCGGCGGCCCCGCAGGGCAGGGCAGGGCGCCCCCUCCCCUCGCUCGCUGGCUCGCUCACUGCCCCAGCCGCUGGCUCUGACGGGGCGAGGCCGGGCGGGGUGAGCGCCGGACGAGCCCCGGCCCCCGUGCCCGGGCAGGGCGGGUGAGCGGCCAGUCGCACCCGGGUUGCUAGGUCCUCUGCGUCCGAGGGCGGAGCAGCCGCGGGGCCGCCGCUACCCGGGCUGGCGGAGGAGUUCGGGGGAGAUACCUGUCUCUUCCAUAAUUGAGAAUCACCAUAAUCAGAGGUUGAAAUGGUAUGACACAAGCUUUGAAUCAUUUGACUUUGAAGGCCUUCAUGGUUUUCUGAGAACUUGGAACAGAAUUUGGAUACCUGGUUCUGUGCAGCCCGAUGUUAUAAUGCCAUCCUUGCCUAAUGAAGGAGAUAACCAAGGAACCUCUUGUCUGACUUUGAGUUCAGAACUGCCUUACCAAAGCACAAGUAAAAGAAAAGUCAGAAAGAAGAAAAAGAAUGGAAUCAUCACUGCAAACGUUGCUGGCACAAAAUAUGAAAUUGUUCGUUUAGUAAUAGAUGAGCUGGGGUUUGUGAAGACAAGAGAUGAAGAUGAGACUGCUAAUCUCAUAUGGAGUGAUUCUGCUGUGCAACAAGACAAGAUUGCUGAGCUCCGAAACUACCAGAGAAUCAACCAUUUUCCAGGAAUGGGAGAGAUCUGUAGGAAGGAUUUCUUAGCAAGAAACAUGACCAAAAUGAUCAAGUCUCAGCCUCAGGAGUAUAGUUUUAUUCCUCGAACAUGGAUCUUCCCUGCAGAAUAUAUGCAAUUUCAGAACUAUGUGAAGGAACUGAAGAAGAAGCGAAGACAGAAAACAUUUAUAGUCAAACCAGCUAAUGGUGCAAUGGGGCAUGGAAUCUCUCUGAUAAGAAAUGGAGAAAAACUACAAGCUCAGGAUCACUUGAUUGUUCAGGAAUACCUUGACAAACCAUUUCUUAUGGAAGGUUACAAGUUUGAUUUACGAGUGUAUAUUCUGGUAACAUCCUGUGAUCCAUUAAAAAUAUUUUUAUAUCAUGAUGGACUUGUGAGAAUGGGCACAGAGAAGUACCAUCCUCCCAGUGACUCUAAUUUGAGCCAGUUGUAUAUGCAUCUAACCAACUACUCUGUGAAUAAACAUAAUGAGCACUUUGAACGGGAUGAAACAGAAGAUAAAGGCAGUAAACGGUCCAUAAAAUGGUUUACUGAGUUUCUACAAACAAAUCACCUUGAUGUUUCCAAAUUCUGGAGUGAUAUUUCAGAACUAGUGGUGAAGACUCUCAUAGUAGCAGAGCCACAUGUCCUUCAUGCUUAUCGUAUGUGCAGACCAGGCCAAGCUCCCGGAAGUGACAGUGUCUGCUUUGAAGUACUGGGAUUUGAUAUCCUGCUGGACAGAAAACUAAAACCCUGGCUCCUGGAGAUUAAUCGAGCCCCAAGCUUUGGAACUGACCAAAAAAUAGACUAUGAUGUAAAAAAAGGUGUUCUACUAAAUGCACUAAAGCUUCUCAAUAUAAGGACAAGUGAUAAAAGGAGAAACUUAGCCCAACAAAAAGCUGAGGCUCAAAAGAGACUUUAUGGUCAAGGCUCAGUGAAAAGACUGUCACCAGGAUCCUCUGACUGGGAAAAACAGCGCCACACGCUAGAGAGGAGAAGAGAAGAACUGAAAGAAAGACUUGUGCAAGUUCGUAAACAGAUUUCCAAAGAAGAGCAUGAAAACAGACACAUGGGGAACUACAGGCGAAUUUACCCUCCUGAUGAUAAGCUGUUACUUGAAAAAUAUGAGAGUUUGUUAGCCAUUGCUUUCCAGACGUUCCUUGCUGGGAGAGCAGCUUCACUUCAGCGGGAGCUGAAUAACCCUUUGAAAAGAAUGAAGGAGGAAGACAUUUUGGAUCUUCUGGAGCAAUGUGAACUAGAUGAUGAAAAACUGAUGGGAAAAUCCACCAGGCAACGAGGACCCAAGCCCCUGUCUUCUAUGCCAGAAAGUUCACAGACCUUAAAAAAACAGAGGAACUACAGUAGUGAGAGUAGCUGUGACAGCAGCAGCAACACAUCAGAAUGGGAGGAGGAAACUGAAAAGGAAGAUCACAAUGAGAAAAAAGAGAUGAAAGUGUCAUAUGAGCUUGAAGAAAACAAGUAUAAAUUAUUAGAGCGAUCCAGCAGAUUACACUGGAAACCUUUAAUUAAAAAUAUAAAAACUCCAUCAUAUUCACCCUCCACAUCAUCCACAGGUCCUAUAAGGCGUUCUGUAAGCUGUCCCCGUUCAAUAUCAAUCUUCGCUAUGCAGUCACAAGCCGCUGAGCAACGUCCCUUUUCAGCCAAACCUGCAGUGCAAAUGCCACGUCCAUCGUCAAUGAAUAGGUCCCAUUCUUUAAAUCGUAAUUCAUCUUCAGUCAGAAUGUGUAAUACUGCUAGUCUGGGCACAGUACACUCUUCAGGGAGAACAAAAGAGCAAGAAGAGGCAUUGACAAGAGAGACACUGUUCAUUUUCAAUGAUAUGAGGAUCAAGUUCCCAGGAAAAACAGAUGAAGAGGCAGAAUUAAUUAUAGAAAAUAUUAUGGAUAAUUGGAAAUACCAUAAAACAAAUGUGGCUUCAUAUUGGCUGAUAAAACUGGACUCUGUUAAACAACGAAAGGUUUUGGACAUAGUGAGGACAAGUGUCCGUGCUGUUCUGCAACGUGUCUGGAGGGUUUCUGACGUUGAAUGUUUACAUUUAUACCGUAUUUUUAACCGUGUGUUUAAUCGCUUACUCUGGAGCCAUGGCCAAGGCUUGUGGAACUGUUUCUGUAAUUCAGGAAGUUCUUGGGAGACCAUAUUCAGUAAAAGGACAGAGGUGGUGACUCCUGAACAACUCCAGUGUUGUCAACGAAUUGUACAGCUUUGUAAACACUGCCUGCUGGUGGCUUACAAAUAUUCAGCAGAUUCAAGAGGAUCUCUUACUGGAAUUAGCCCUGACUGGGAUGAUACAAGGUAUUUACUGCCAGGAUCUUCACAGUUCAUCAUGAAAACAUCCUCCAACUUUAUCUGCACUUCAUCCGGAAUACCUCGCUCUAACAUUUUGUUUACACCCAGGUAUAGCCACUUGUGAAACAAAGAGAAGGGUGCCAUGCUUGAUAAAUAAUGGCAGUCCAUUUUUCCAGUUUAAAUUUGUGAGGGAGCUGAAUAUAAGCACUGUUAUAUAUUUGCCACAGUACAUAAAAUAAAAUUUAGCUGAAAUCCUACUGUAAAAGCAGAGACUUUCUGGAAAUGUAAUAAACCUUGUUAAGUUGUUUACACAAAUAUGUGAAUGUCUAGAUCUUGCUAGGUUUAUAAGUAAUUCCUUCCUACUAGAAAUGUUAUUUUUGCUGCAAUAUAUAAAAUGGAAUUAAUCUUGGAGAUCCUAUUACAGUGUUAAAUUUAGGUACAAUAUCUUUUAACUUGAAAUAUAUUUAUUGUAAAUCAUACUGUUUAUUCUCUCCUAGAUGAUAAAAAGCCUGUUGUAGAACAGUAAUAGUAAUUAAAUAUAAGUAGUCUGAUCAUUUCUAUAGCACAUUUUAAAACAUUGUAAAAGCAAGAUCUAAUAUACAGACAUAUUUGUAUUUCUCCUAUGAAAUUACAAGGUAUGUGUAAUAAUGUUGUUUUUCAGUAAGGACAUAAAGUAUCUUUUAGUCUAAAUGAAGACAGUCCAGAGGGUAAAUAUUCAAAUAUACCAGUCCUGGCAAGUAGCUUCUAGUUGGAACCUUGUAAUAAACCAGAAGGUAACGGUUAUUGUCAGAUCUUCCUUCAACCUUCUUGUGUCUUGUGCCUUUCAGUUUAUUUGGGGUCAAGUAGUAACCUACAGCUCAUAAAAGAUCCAUGCAUAUUUUCUUCUGUUCUGCUGCACAAGUGAUGAAGCAGACAUGUUUCAGAAUUACUGCAGUUUCACGGUAUACUCUCUAAACUUCAAAAUAGUACGUUUUGGUUUGGUUUUCACUGUAAGGUGCAUUAUAUAUUGUAUACUCUAAUGGACAGUAUUUUCUAGACUUGCUGAAAUCCUAAGAAAAUGGUCGAAGAUACAAUUAAUUAGAUUUGUUACUCAAAUUCAGCUUUGCAGAACCUGGCUGAGUGACACAAUAAGAAUUUGAUAUGGCCAUGAGCUAGAUCCUGAAGGCAGAGGUGAUCUGAAGUGUGAUCUAGAAACAUAAUUUUAAGAGUCUCUCAGUAUCCACAUUUGUCCCAUUAAUCCCUAUACAUCAGAGGCCCCCAAACUGUGGGACACGCUCCCCUAGGGUGGGGCACCAAGGAACAUUCAGAGAGGGGUGUGUCAGGCUGGGCCAGCUCCCACAGGGGGCAGGGAGGGAGGGUCACUGAGCCCCGUCCACAGCUCUACUCCAGCUGUGGCCCCGGCUCCUGGCCCUGUGCCUGAUCCCGUCUACAGCCUUGGCACAGCUCCGCAUCUGGCUGCAGGCUUGGCUUCGAGCCCCCACUGUGGCCUGGCUAUGGCCCCGCUCUGAGUCCCGCCCCUGCCCCAGUCUCGGCCCCUGGCCCCAUCCUCAGGCCCAGACCCACCCCCAGCUGCAGCCGCAUCCUCGGCCCCAUACCCCUGUCGGCGUCCCCCUCCCUUAGCCCUGGCUCCACUCCUGGCCAUGGUUCCAGGGGGGUGCAGAUAGAGAGACGGGGGCACGACCCACAAAAGUUUGGGGGACCACUGCUGUACAUGUACAUCCUAAGAAGUAAUUUUAAAAAAUGAAUCCAGUUUGUAACCAAUUAACUGCCUUGUUCCCAUUUGGUGUCAAAUGCCUGUUCACUCACUGGUGAAAGUGGAUUUACAAAUUUCUUUUGUAGUUAUUUUCCAGAGACAAUGUAAUAAAUAGGGUGGUAGCCUAAUGGCCCUUCUGACAGAGCGUUACAUUAAAAUUUCUCUGGGAUGGAUUUUUGAAACCUUGGCCAGAGCCUACCAAAUAGGGAAUUUUGACACCUGUGCUUUUGCCUAUCCAAGUUCCAUACCUGUAGGAUGACCAUUCAUAAUAGCAUGACUGUUCCCUAGAUACGUUUUUUAAAAUGUAUUAUGCUUUUAAAAUUUGACUCCAAGGCUGAUCAGAUACAGGCAGUCUGCUAGUCUGGUAGAAUCUCUUCCUCUUCCAUGUUAAUGCUGGUUUACUCACACAGCAUGCUACCAUCAGUCCACUUGAUGUAUCGCUGUGGGCUAUACAGUGGUGACAGCUGAUAAUGCAAAUUACAUGUGAUUACCUGUAAAACCUAACAAAAUCUGUAAAUCCAUCCCUCCAGGGAGUGCUAAUGUACAGUAGUCUCCACAGUAUUCUGCUUUUGGCCAUGGGGAAAAUUUGGAUCAGUGUCCAAAGGUGCUGAGCAAGGGGACUGGGCUAAUUCUGCCAGCAGUAGAAUUUUUUAAAAUAGGGCAUUAAGUACAGAUAUGCAAACUAGGGAAAUCAAGGAUAUGUGUGGGAUGUACACAAAUGUAUCAAGUGAUUGGUUUAAGUUUUCAAAAAUGGUUUUAGUUUCUGGCUGAUGUUAUUUCAUUGUGUUCUUAUUUCUGAUGAGCCAUGCUGGAGUGGUAUUAAUAGUUAUAAAAUCAAUAUUUCAACAGAAUAUAAUAAUCCUAAAUACUUUUUAAUCUCUUCCACGUGUCCGGGCUGUCUACUCUAUAGUUAAAGGGGACUGUGUCGGGGGACAGUUACAAUCAGGUUCCAUAUGGUAGUAUAAACCAUCUCACCAGCCAGUGCAUCAAAUAAAGCUCCCAACAGCAGCAAAAUUUCAGUUCCUUUCUUCCAGGAUAGGGUUAUGAGUCAAAACCAAGACAGUCUAACUUAAAUCAAACAAGUAAACCACAUCCUGCUGAUUAGCCCAUUUCAAAGUCCUUUCCCUUCACCCAGGGCCUCCUGCAGAUCUCUGGGUACCUGAGCUGAUUUCUGAUCUUUUAUCUGAGGAGGAGGUAAUCUGCAGGCUAUCACCUGAUUCCUGACCUCAAACCCAUCCCCUGAUAGGCAGCUAAUUAAUCAUAGGUGGAGCUAAGCCUAUCCCCCUUAAAGGGCCAUCCCAACCUGUGAGCAGGACCACAACUAUAUUUCCAAAUUGUAUUAGAGUCUUAGACAUGUUUUAACCAAAAGAGGGGGGACGUGGUUGUAAUUGCACUAGAGAUAGGCCGUACAUGUACAACGAAUGACCAAAAUAAGACUAGUUGUAUAUAACUUAUAAUAAGUUAUCACAAAGAAAAUGCCAAAUGAUAUAAAAAUAAGAUUUUGCAUAGCUUUAGCAUAUGAAUUCUAUAUAUUUUAGAUUAAUACAAUGUUUCCAAGUGUGUGGAUAGACCUCCACUAUAGCCCUUAGGGAGGCUUGGGAAGGGAACCAUCGGAGGCAGGGAAAACUGCAUUAGCCUGGAUCUAUUCUAACUGGCAUUGCAACUCUGAACGCAUAAUGAACAGCAACAGCCCACAUUCUCCUUCUUCUAAGUAAAAGUAGUCAUUUUGCUCAGCCCACAGUGUGAGAGGGUUCACAGGAUAAGAUACGCUAAUCACCGCAAAUAAACUGCAGAUUUCAUUUUUUUUUUUUUGAAAGUCCUGGAGACAGCCACCUUGCUAAAACAAUAAGUCCCUUGUUGAGGGACAGACUAAGCCUUUUGCUUUAGUAACUUUACAAUCUUGAAAAACUGCUGAUAUUUAGACAAAAUAAUACCUCAUGAUACCAGAAGCAAAGUAGCACGUCUACUGACCAGCACUGUAGUUAGGGAUGACAGUGUGGACCUAAUGGGGCCCUCUAGAUUCGGAUAAGCAUCCAGGCUUCAGGAUGGUGUUUCCUCACUCGUUCAGUCCGUGUACUUUACACGGCUGUGUCUGUGCUUUUGUACAGGGCUGUAGCUUACACUGUGAAAAAAUAUUCUUGCAACUCUUGAUGCUACAUCCCAGCACAGUGUGUGAGGCAGAAAAUGUAGGAUUUGCCCAUUUCAGUGUUAUAGCAGAUGCUCGACGACCCAGUGCCCUACCAUCCAUUGGAAAACAUAACUCAUAACCAUAGCUCCCACCCACCCUGCCAAAAUCUAGCCCAUUAUGUGAAUUUUUGGACUGAUAGGAGAGCAGAUGUUUAAAAAGUCUGAAACUGUCUGCUUAUUCUCUCUCUCUCACGUUCCUCCUCCCCAUGACCCUUAGUUUACCAGAAAGCAGACACAAUCCUCAGGUAUCUGGAGGCUUGUAGCUGUCAGAUACCUGGGGGCUGACUCUGCACAUGUGUUUGGCUCCCAUUCUAGACUAUCACCGUUACAUGUGCUCUCCGGCUUAUUUGGAGAAUUGUUCCUGGAAAUGAUACUUACUCUUACAGCCUUUACUGGGAGAAAAUUCCCAUUGAAGUCUGUAGGUGUUUUGUCUGUAUGGAUUGUAGAAUUGGCUUCCAGGAGUGAGCAAAACAGGUGCAGUUUUCCUUAAUGGAAAACCUACUGGUGCAAAUAUGUUAAUAGUUUGAGUGUUCUAAAGAAAGCACUAGGCCCACCCUGUAAUUUGCCUCCCUAAAGAAAGUGCAAUAUAAAACUGCUUCUGCAAUUCUUGGUCAUAAGCUCAGGAGUCCAAAUACAAAGGCAGGACAGCAUAGAAGACACUAUAUUUUAAAGCAUUACUUUUCCUAGGUAAUGUAAGAAAAGAACCUAAUAAUGAUACCCACUUGGUGGACUUUGGCCUUCAGAGUAAAGUUCUGUUUGGAAAUGAAUUUCUUCUCUUCAUUAUAGAAAAAUCAGUCUAUGCUAUGGCAGUUACUUUUCUGUGUAGGAAAAUGAACUGCUAAAAUCUGAUGUGUAAGUCAGACUGAAUGAUUUCUUAGGGGCACGUCUUCACUACCCGCCGGAUCGACGGGUAGCAAUCGAUCUAUUGGGGAUUGACUUAUCGCGUCUAGUGAAGACGCGAUAAAAUCGAUCC